GCUUUCGAGAAAGUUAAACAUUAUUAAUAAAGGAGGAGCAUGGAACUACAUUACCCACGGUUCAUCGCGAGUUUUGCGUCAAGUCUAGUCCGUUUGCAAUUUCAAGAUGGCGUCGCUGGGAAGGAGGCGCGGUGUCCCAGUCAACAGGGAGAGGGCAGUGAUGGCGGCCUCUGAGUGUUACAUCGUCCACGAGAUCUACAACGGCGAGAAUGCACAGGAGCAGUUUGAGUACGAGCUGGAGCAGGCUCUGGAGGCGCAGUACCGCUACAUUGUAAUCGAACCCACACGCAUCGGAGACGAGACGGCCCGCUGGGUGGCUGUGGGGAAUUGCCUCCACAAAACCGCCGUUCUGGCAGGGGCCGCGUGCCUCCUGACACCGCUCGCCCUUCCCGCCGAAUACUCCCGUUAUGUGGCGCUCCCUGCUGGCGCUCUGAGCCUGGCCUGUGCCACGCUCUACGGCAUCUCCUGGCAGUUCGACCCCUGCUGCAAAUACCAGGUGGAGUACGACAGUCAGAAGCUCUCGCGGCUGCCGCUGCACACGCUCACCUCCUCCUCGCCCGUGGUUCUGGUUCGACGGGACGACGUGCACAGAAAGAGACUGCACAACACGAUAGCGUUGGCGGCCCUGGCGUACUGUGCCAAGAAGAUCUAUGAACUGUACACCGUAUGAGCGCUAUGACACAUGCGCACACACACACUUAUACAGAUACUGAUAAACGCAUACACGCACACAAACACACAGCAGGGAGGAGAGAAGCACUACUAAACACCCGACACUGGCAGAUACACACAUACACACCAAACAAGACAUAUGGAUGGACCGACGGAGAAAGUGAUGGAAAAACAAAAGGCAGCGGCGCUCUCUCUGUUACGCUUUUUCAGCGUCUUGCUUUCAAUCGGUUUAAGAUUGGACAGAUUGAUGGAAGGCUUGGGGGGAGCUUGUAGUUCUGAAUGAAUCUUCCCCUUUUCCCUGUACUUUAAAAGUGAUAUCACCAGUGUACUUGAGCCUCCCCCCUCCCGCUCCUUCCCUGCGCCUGUCCAGUCCCUUUCUCGUCCCGGCGACCCUCCCCAAACGUCACCUGCCACCCACACGGAGCUCCGCACCCGGGCAGCGACCUGACGGACUGAAUGUGUGGUGGACAGACGGACGGAUCAUGUUUUAAGAAUGACCUUUGAAUCCUCUCUUUUCUCCCUCUGUGUAGUUUUACUGUACCCUGCCUUUGGUGCAUCACCUUUUCAUUAAACAGUAGGAGAUUUAACUUCA